UUGAGAAGAACCCGAAGCAUCUAGCUCUCCUGCCCAACGUCUCCGUUCUAAAAGUGUUCGCCUGCGGCGAGUGGGUCAGUGAUUCGUCCAUGUGCUCCCGUACUCACAGUGACGGGAAGAAACAUCGAUGUCCCGGGACGAACUACUGUGAAAGUCACGAAUGGAUCCCCCUUCCUUAUGGUUGGGUUGCGUUUGGCUUUACCCGUCUUUAUGUUAGAGGGUCCUUGGGCUCUACACUGAGCAAAGUCUUGAUGCUAUAGACGAGAGGGACGAGUCCGAAAAAACCCUUGCCCGAGACGUUAAUCUUAAGAAUACACACAGGUUGGUUCUGUGUCAUUCUGCUUCUGCUUGAGGAAAAAAAUCUUCAGGGAAUUUCCUACAUUGAGCAGAGGUGCUCAUGGCAGGCUGACCUAGUAUUGAGCUCCCUUCGGCCAUGGAGCAGUUCUUGCAGAAUUGAAUUGACAGAUUCAAGUCGAAAAUGCAGUGUUAUCAAUCUCAAAAAGUCUUAUACAGGUAUGUUCAAACAGGAAAUUAGAAGAAGGGCACCAUGGCCGCUUCAGCUGGGGUGGCUGCGGUGUUUGGCUCGGGGACAAUACGCAGCUGUUUCACAUUUGGGUCGACAGGCCGUCGUCAAGUAAUCCCCGGAGACGUGGUGAUAUUGAAAAUGAGGACGACGGAGACUGGCGUCGGAGUCUCCACAGGGAGGAAACAGGGUGUGAUUUUUUGCUCGGCCUCGAGUUUGUCUACCACUGAGAAGACGAAAGAUAGAGCUGUCACAUUUCGGCCCUGUAUCGACAUCCACCAGGGUAAGGUGAAACAAAUAGUGGGCUCUACCUUGGCUAUUGUGGACGACCCCGCGUCUGAGGAUUCCGUGAAUGGAGAAGAUUUGAAUGCAGGAUCUUCUCUCGUCACGAACUUUGUAUCGGAGCAGUCUGCUGCAUACUUUGCAAAGUUGUACAAAUCGCACAAAUUGAAAGGCGGCCAUGUGAUAGCUCUUAGUAAGGAUGAGGCGAGUGAGGUUGAAGCUAGAAAAGCUUUGGGAGAGUAUCCUGGGGGUUUGCAGUUUGGUGGUGGUGUCAACCCGGAAAACGCAGAGAGGUAUCUAGAAUAUGGUGCCAGCCAUGUCAUCGUCACGUCGUAUAUUUUCAGUCAAGGUGAGCUUGAUCUAGAGAAGUUACAGAAGCUUGUGACAGUGGUCGGUAAAGACAAGCUAGUUCUGGAUCUGAGCUGCAGGAAGAAGGAUGGACAAUAUUUUGUCGUUACAGACCGCUGGCAACGAUUCAGUAAUUUUGUCGUGAAUAAAGAUACACUAGAAGAGUUGGGGAAGUAUGCAGAUGAGUUCUUGGUUCAUGGAGUCGAUGUCGAAGGCAAAAGGUUAGGUGUUGAUGAGGAGCUAGUCAGACUUCUUGGAGAAAAUUCACCUAUACCAGUAACAUAUGCAGGUGGAGUGAGCUCAAUGAAAGAUCUUGAUGUUAUUAUAGAGGCCGGAGGCGGAAAAGUACACGUUACUGUCGGAAGUGGCCUUGAUAUAUUUGGUGGUUCUAUCCCUUACAGUGACGUUUUAAAUUGGCACUAUAAGAAUAUGGGUAAGAAGGAUUGAUGUCUAUUGAGUUAAAAUUUUAGGCAGCAGAUUCACUCUUCUAUACCAUUCAACGUCUGUUCAUCAAAAUCGCAAAUCUCAUUGUUUCAAAGUUGCUCUCAGUUUGUAAACGUAAUUUUGCAUGAUAUAUGAGCUAUCCGACCUAUUUGUCCCUUUAUUGUUCGGUUGUUAACCGACUGAAUAAUGUUAACAGAAUACAUUUGAUUUUUAUCGGUUAUGCUUUCAAAUCGACGGUCUUGUCCGAGUUGUGACCUGUAACCCAUCUCCACGCGAGGAUCAAUAUAUAGAAUACAGGCAUCUUGGAUGAGACAGACCAAGGUGGGCGCCUUGUCACUUAGCUGAAUGUCUGAACUGCGACACGCUCUGCUGUUUUAGUCCAAACUGACAUGGGUUCUAAUCCUGGUGUUUU